UAUUCAACAUCAACUGCCGGUCACACUCACUGAAAUAUAAUAAAACAAUUCAAUAAAUAUUAUAAUACAGGAAACAAACAUGGACAAGCAACGACUCCCGUUGCCAGAGAUGAGAGAUGAUAAGCACCGGCACAAACAGUUCAAUGGACACUUGGACAGUAACCGAUUUCGACCGCCGAAAUACAAAACGCGCUACACCAUCUUUGACAAUAACAAUUUGAAUCGCAGCCAAUCACUUGGAUCGUGCAGUGCUGCCAACAACAGCUCACAAGUUGCUCACGCAAUUUCCUUUCGCAGUGGUUCCGAGUGUCCCGAUGCCGGCAUCUUGCCCGCAUCACCAAAUGCAUCAACUUCCAUGUGCUGCAAUGAGAGCCAUUUUGAGCAGUGUUUCGAACGCUUAGCCAAGCUGGGCGAAGGCUCCUUCGGUGAGGUAUUCCAGGUGCGAGAUCGUUCCGACAGCCAGAUGUAUGCAGUGAAAAUCUCCAAACAAUUGUUUCGCGGCGAACAAUAUCGUGCCGAGCGGCUGGAGGAAGUGCGUCGUUACGAAGAGUUCUCCGGUCACGAGAAUUGUAUACGCUUCAUACGUGCCUGGGAGCAAUACGAUCGCCUCUUCAUGCAGAUGGAGCUAUGCCGCGAAAGUCUCGAGCAGUAUUUAUAUCGUUGUCGGCAAAUUCCGGAGGAACGUAUUUGGCACAUUUUGCUGGAUUUAUCACGAGGCCUUAAAUCGCUGCAUGAUCGCAACCUCAUACAUUUGGACAUUAAGCUGGACAAUGUGCUCAUCGAUGAUGACGAUACGUGCAAGCUGGCCGACUUUGGGCUGGUCAUCGAUGUGGACAAGGCGAACAACCAUCAGGCAACGGAGGGCGAUUCACGUUACAUGGCACCCGAAAUUCUACAGGGUCAAUUCUCAAAGGCCGCCGACAUAUUUAGCCUGGGCAUUGCUAUGUUGGAGCUAGCCUGCUACAUGGAUCUGCCCUCCAAUGGUCAGCUCUGGCAUGAGUUGCGACAGAGCAAGUUGCCCGAGGAGUUCAUAAAUACCAUCUCAGUGGAGUUGCAGCAAGUCAUCAGGACGAUGAUGUCACCAGAUCCACAACUGAGGCCAACAGCAGAUCAGCUACUGGCGCAUCCCAGACUGCAAAGAAUACAAAAGGAGGAGAAAUCAAUGGUCACAUUAAAGCUGCUGUCAAAGUGCUUCCGAAGAUCACGUCGUGCUGUCUGGAUCAAAAUCUGCAAUCUCAAAACGGCUGCGUAUCGUUGUUUAUUCUACAUUUUGGAAUUCCUACACUUGUACAAGCCUUUAACGGGAUCCGAGUCGUCUGGAUGUGGAAACAAUGCAGCAGUACCAUCAUCUCCAUCCUCAUCCAUGCUCGGUGUGCCCCGAGUGGAACUCCAAUUGGUCGGCUCGACGCCAAUUGGUAAUCGUGAUUGUUAUGUCUCUGAUUUUCUAUCCUCCAUUGAUAAUCUGGAACUGUCCCAGCAAGGAACACCUACGGCCUGUGGCCGAGAGAAAUUGGUUAACUCGACGCCAUUAAAUCACCAUCAUAACAAAUCAGCCCGCCUCAGAAGUUGCUCAGCGCGCAAGGCGCAGGCGGAAAAUAGUAAUUUACUGGCCGUUGACGCUAGUAAUUCCCGUGCCAAUUUAUCGGCCCCUAAAGUAUUGGAUUCAUCAUCGUUUCUGCGUAAAAAGUUAUUUUUGUUGGACAGUGAUGAAGAGUAAGAGCAUCCGCACAGACAUUUAUUUGAUGCAACGCAAGGAAUUUAUUAUGAUGAACAAACAUAUAUAUAUCAGUUAGAAACCCUACAAAACCCAUACAUAUGGCAACAAACUAUAUCGUUAUAUAUAUUUAGA